AUGGCAGGCGAGGAGGGCGGGGCUGACCCGCCAGCAAACCCUCAGGCGGCCACCGCCGAGCUCGAGCCGCCAGCCAAGGCAGAUAAGACGCCCAAAAAGCUGCCACGCGUGGAUUCCAUCCCGGUGGUGGCCAGGGCAGACGGCAUGGAAUUCCUGGAGAUCAAGGACCUGCGCAAGCACCUGAGCCCGCAGGCAAUCGGGGACAAGGACCUGGUGCGCAUCAACAUCAUGAACUACGAGAGCUCGGAGAGCAGCGGCUCCCACCGCGACCACGGCCCCCAGAUGGCGGCCGCCCUGUUUGACCCCGCCGGCAGCGAUUCCAUUGAGCUGCCCGACUUUGCGCUGCGCUCGGGUCCACGCCGCACCAUCUAUCACAACCCCAAGGACGUGACAGCAGCCAUCGUGACGUGCGGCGGGCUGUGCCCCGGGCUGAACGACGUUGUGCAGAACAUUGUGUACACGCUGGGCACGUCGCGGGGCAACGCCAAGAUGCCGGCCAUCGUGGAGGGGCUGCGCCUGUGGGGCAUCAACCCCCUGUACGUAAUCGGGGGCAAGGGGGGCAACGCCGCGGCGCACCCCAUCGCCAAGGAGUGCGCAGCGCAGGGGGUGGUGUGCAACGUGGUGGGGGUGCCCAAGAGCAUCGACAACGACAUUCAGUUGAUUGACCGCUGCUUUGGGUUUGACACGGCGGUGGAGGAGGCGCAGCGGUCGCUGAUCAGCGCGCGGGUGGAGGCGCGCAGCUCCGGCGGCAUCAGCGUGGUCAAGCUCAUGGGGCGGCAGUCGGGCUUCAUCGCCAUGAACGCGUCCAUGGCCUCGGUGGGGCCGCCUUCGCGUCUGCUUGAGGAGGCGCGCGCGUCGCUGGUUGCGAUCCGCUUCGACAUGGGCAAGCUGUGCGACUUUGUCAAGGCCAUCAUGGACCGCAAGGACUACUGCGUCAUAUGCGUGGCAGAGGGCGCGGGCCAGGACAUCAUGGACAGCAGCGGACCCAAGGGAACAGACGCCAGCGGCAACCCCAUCCUGCAGGCACGGGCAGCAGCACCCCCGCCCCCGCCGCCGCGCUGCUGCCGCACCCCUUGGGGGGAUGUCUUCCCUUUGCCGGACUCGGACAUCGGCGUGUUCCUGCGCGACAUCUUCCGCAAGCGGUUCCCCGGGGUGGAUGUCAAGUACAUCGACCCCAGCUACAUGAUCCGCUCCAUCCCCACCAUCACCACCGACCGCAUCUACUGCAAGGUGCUGGGCCAGGGGGCGGUGCACGGCGCCUUUGCCGGCUACACAGACUUCACUGUGGGCCUGGUCAACACGCACUACGUCUUCCUGCCCACCACCACCAUCAUCCAGUUUGCCCGUGUGGUGGACCCCAAGGGCCGCCAGUGGAACCGGCUCAAAACGGCCAUCAACCAGCCAGACAUGUAG